AUUAACACGUUGUAUGAAAUUGGGAUUAUAAUAUUUCUAUUAUUUGAUACAGCUGAAGCGUGUCUCUAGCUAAAACGCCAGUGACACCGCCUUCACAAACCAAUAUCCAAUACAGGAACAAAUAGUGCAUAGCGGAUAUAUAAGAAUUUUCUAGAUUGUUUAUUUUUAGAACAUACCAUUUGUUUAAAUUGUGACGCAGCCUUGAAAGUUGUUCUUAUCUCAAAUUUUUCACGUCUUAAAUUACAGGACAUUGUUGUAUCAAUAUCAGAUAUAUCGUUGUUAAAACGGUCGUAUAUGGUGAUGGUGAAAAAUCAGGUCACGUCUAAAAAUAAAAUUAUUAAAAACUAUAUAUAAAAGGAAGGGUUGAACCUAACACGGAUAUGUCGGAUAAUAUAGGAGGGACGGUUUUGCAUGUGGGCGACUUAGCGGUUAUAAUUGUUUAUUUCGUGUUCAUACUCGCCGUUGGAUUAUGGAGUUCCCGGAAGAACCGAGGCAGUGCAGGCGGCUAUUUCCUGGCCGGUCGAAAUAUGAACUGGAUACCAGUUGGAGCAUCACUAUUUGCAAGUAACAUAGGAAGUUUACAUUUUGUUGGUAUGGUGGGAUCCGGUGCUGCUUCUGGUAUAGCCAUUUAUCUUUAUGAACUGAACGCGAUGUAUGUACUGAUGAUUUUAGCUUACAUAUUCUUGCCAGUAUACAUUGCAUCUGGGGUAUUUACCAUGCCAGAGUAUCUAAAGUUUAGAUUUGGCGGGAAGCGGAUUCAGAUUUAUCUUGCCGUGUUAGCCUUACUUGUCUAUAUAUUUACAAAAAUAUCUGCCGAUCUGUAUGCAGGAGCUAUAUUUAUAGAACAGUCUCUCAACUGGAACAUUUAUACAGCAAUAUUACUACUUCUGGCAGUGGCUGCUGUAUUUACUGUAGCAGGUGGUCUAACGGCAGUGAUAUGGACAGAUUUUAUACAAACAAUUAUCAUGGUUUUGGGGGCCAUUACAUUAAUGAUUCUAGCUUUUGUAAAAGUUGGCGGAUUUCGUGGAAUGGUUGAGAAAUAUCCUCUAGCAGUAUCUAAUUAUUCGCGGGAAACUAACGACACGUGUAGUGCACCACGUGCAGAUUACAUGCACUUGUUCCGUGACCCAGUUAACGGAGAUAUCCCAUGGCCAGGUUUGGUCGGAAUAACAAUAAACUCUAUAUGGUACUGGUGCUCAGAUCAGGUGAUUGUACAGCGAGCUCUUGCCGGUAAAACUUACGACCAUGCCAAAGCCGGUACAAUCCUGUGUUCAUACAUCAAAAUUUUACCACUCUUCAUGCUCGUGUUUCCAGGAAUGAUUGCCCGCAUUCUUUUCCCUGAAACUGUUGGAUGUGCUGACCCAGAUAUAUGUAUGGAAGUAUGUGGAUCACCUUCAGGAUGUUCUAACGUUGCCUAUCCCCAACUUGUCAUUAACUUAAUGCCUCCAGGAGCCCGAGGUAUGAUGUUAGCGGUAAUGUUGUCUGCUCUGAUGUCAUCACUGACGUCAAUAUUCAACAGCAGCAGUACAAUAUUUGCCAUGGAUAUAUGGACACAUAUACGAUGUAAGGCUAGUGAACUAGAACUUAUGAUAGUUGGAAGAGUGUUUGUAGUAGUGUUGGUAGUCAUCAGUAUUGUCUGGAUCCCGGUAUUACGUCAUGCCAGUGCACAACUGUACGUUUAUAUACAAGAAGUCUCUAGUUUUUUACAGCCCCCUAUAUGCUGUAUAUUUCUACUGGCCAUCUUCUGGCCGAGACUUAACGAGAAGGGAGCAUUCUUCGGUCUUGUAACAGGGAUGCUUGUGGGAAUAGCACGGUUUAUAGGAGAGUAUGCUUACGGUAAAGUUUCCUGUGGUGAAGAUCCUACAAGUGUUCCAGCAAUCAUCAGAAACUUUCAUUACCUUUAUUUCUCCGUCUUCUUGUUUUUGUUGACUGGAAUAGUGGCUGCACUCAUCUCUUUGUGUACCAAACCUAUAGACGAACGCUGUCUAUAUAGGUUAACUUUUUGGAGCCGUCACAGUAAAGAACCUAGGAUAAACAUAGACACAUGGUUGGCAGACGAACGUGUAUCUAGCGGAACCGGAAGUGAGACGUCGGUACAGUCACAGGAACAAGAACUGAAAAUGCUGAAAUCAAAUAAAGAAAACGGAUCUGUGAUAGCAGACGAUACGACAGACACUCUGAUAAAAGAAGAAAAAGAAACGGGAUUAAAUAAAGUUAAUUUUGAUCAUACUAAAGACCCCGAGGUGCUUGAAGUUGUAUUUACCAAGAAAGGACAAGUUACAUGGUACCGACGUGUAGGUAACUGGAUUUGUGGAUUAGAAAACAUGGAGCAAACCAUUCAUAAACAGGUAGAGCGUGAUGAUAUGUUAAACGUGACUGAGAAGAGAAGAUGGAAGGUUGUAUCUAACAUUAGUGCUGUUAUAAGUAUGAUUCUGAUGCUGUUUCUAGCUAUAUAUUUCGCUUAAAGAGACUUACUACAACUAAAGCUAUAAGGACCAAAACAUGCAUGAAGAAUUCGCUUUUUACUAUGUGGUUUGAUAUGUUUGAACUUUAAUUAGCAAGAAAUCAAAAAUUAAAGCAGUCAAGACCCACUGGAUAAAGGAGAAAGUAAAAAAAUAUUUUCGGUUCGGUACCUUGCCGUUUUAGUGAAUAGACGUUGUUAUGUGUUAAAAGUGUUUGGAGUGUUUAACAUCAGAAAAAUCAUUUAUAUCUCUAUGAUUGAUUUUAAUAUUUGAAAAAUGUUGAAGAGUGAAGUGUCCUUUCAAUGAUGUAACUGAAGAUAUGAUGACAGAUAUGGUUUCGAAUUGGUUAAAAUAUGCAUAUUACACUUUCUGUUGAUCUUUCCCUUUAUUGAUAUAAUUGUGAUUUCCUGAUUUUAUCCAAUAUUUUAGAAUGAAAGCAUGUGCUUCUUUUUUAUAGGCCUUUACUAACAUGCAUUAAAUGUUAACAUUUCGCAAGCAAUAGCCAUAGUGCUUGAAUUGUUUCAUUCUAAAACAGGCGUGGAAAAAUUGUUUUCUACAAGGGUCAUGUCGUAUGUUUCCUCAUAUGACACCUUAAAGUGAAUUGCUGCAUGAUGAAUGGUCUGUUAUACAAUCAUAAUUAUGUUGAUUAUAUAGACGUGUAGUCACGUGUGACAAUAACAUAGAUGUUCAGUCACGUGUGACAAUAACAUAGAUGUUCAGUCACGGAUGCUUGUGUGAGAUAAACGACCGGUAUAUAGCAGAUAAUAAAUAAUUUGUUCCAGAGGAAAAUAUUGUAAUUCAUCUUAUAAAUAAUUUAUAAGAAUAUCUAAAUGAUACAUUUCUAUUGUUUUGUCAAUAAUUGAACUAAUUCUGAGAAAUGUUCAUGCUCAUUGUAGACAAAUUCAUUUUAAAAAUGUAUUUUAUAAGAUAUCAUAUUUUUACAUAAAACAGUGUUUGCAUGUAGAGGCUGUAGCAGAAAACUUCGUUAUCUGGUAACAUAAGGCAUUAAAUCACAUUAUUUGUAUUGAUAGUGAGUUUUUUGUAUUACAUAUACACUC